AUGGAGGCCUCCCUAGCAGCAACUGGCAUGUUGCUCGUGUUGGCCACGAGGCAAGUGCGCUGCAUUAUGCCUUCUUCCUUGCCGUCCACUGUCGUCGUCAGCUCCGGAAAGUCCGCCAGCACUUCGGCCAUUUCAUUGCCGCGUUCGCCGCAGCCCACGUACACUAUCACCUCGCUGUUGCUGUACUUCGACAGCGCCUGCAGCAGCAGCAGCAGCAGCAGCAGCAGCAGCGGUGGCGGUGGCGGCAGGGGGGUGGGCGGGGGGAGGCGUAGGCGGAGGGGCGGGGCAGCAGCAGCGGAGGGGGGAAGCGGCAGCGGCGGCGGAGAGGGGAAGCAGCAGCAGCGGAGAGGAGAGGCAGCAGCAGCAGCAGCAGCAGUGGAGAGAAGCAGCAGCUCCACGG